ACCCAAACUCCAUAGUUCCCUCCCUCAGCCAUCCUCCCUGCACCUUGCAUCAUGAGGGUCCCGUCUUCUGUCAUCAAUGGCCUACAGAGCCUCUCGCUUGUUGGCGUCCUUGGCCAGGCCGCUGUGGCAGGCGCUAACCCACUCCCGCCCAAAGCCGCAAGGGCGGUCGUCGCAGAUGGUGUAGCGUCCCUCCAGGACGGAAGCGUAAAAGGCUUUACCGAUUCCAAUGGCAAUUCCGUUUUUCUUGGAAUCCCAUUUGCCGCAACUACCGGAGGACAGAACCGGUGGAAGGCCCCUCAAGACGCAAGGAGACUGAAGCAGGGCGAGGUGCUCAAUGCCACAAAGUACGGGCCAACAUGCCCGCAGGCAAUCACCACCACCACGUGGUCCCAGCAAGGCGAGGACUGCCUGAAUCUCAACAUCUGGGUGCCAUCUACGCAAGCCCAGGCAAAACGAGGACCUCAGGCACCGCCACAGCCGCCAUCAACAGAUG